AUCGGCGGCCCGCAGAAUUCGCCAUUCUAAUUUCCGACGUCACAUUCUGAUCCUCGUUGAAACCAAGCUCCCUUAAACCCUAACAAUGGCGAUCAUAAGCCCCCAGCAGCAGCAACCUCAAAUCCACAGAUUUCCGCUAUUCAAGUACGUCGAUGGCGUUCGGUGGCUUCCAUCGCUCUCCGCAUUUGGUCGCUUUGCUGUCAUUGCCACUUUUGACUCCGAUUCCGACUCAUCCUCCAUUGAAAUUCACUCCGUGACUCAAAAUCUGCUGGAUAUAGCUCCUCAUUCGACUUGGAUAUCACCUUCAAGAGUCUCUUCCCUUAAAACCUCUCAGACCUACCAAAACCCUCUCGUUUUUGCUUCGACUUAUACAGGUUCUCUUCAUGUUUUGUCUGUCGAGCCGAUGGAUGCGUCGCUCGAUUCGGAGCUCACGGUACCCGAGAAGACGUUGCACGACGGACCAAUUUCUUGCGUCGAUGUGAUGGAUGGCGGCGGUGAAUGUCUGACUGUUGCGGAAGAUGGGCGGGUGAAUUUGGUGAGCGUUGGGGAAUCUGGAUUGAAUUAUCGUCGGAUAUUCGAUAGUAAUGGGUUGGUGUCGUAUACUGCAGCGAAAUGGGCAUCGCCUACUGAGUUUGCGACUGGAGGUUGUGGGUUUAGCUUGCAAUGGUGGGAUCAGAGGAAGCCCGGGGGAGCAGUUUCUCAGUUUAAGGGCGACUGGGCUUCUGGUAUUGUUCACUGCAUUGACAUCCAUCCUUCGCGAAAGCAUACCUGUUUGGCAGGAGGCUCUUUUGGAACUGUUUUUGCCUGGGAUUUGAGGUGGCAACAGCAGCCUAUUAUUCUUUCGGGUCUAGAAAGGAGCAAAGCUUCAAAUCUUUCGCCAUGUGAAAGUGAGGUUUGGGAGGUUCACUAUGAUCCAUAUAUAAAGUCUUGCAAUAUAGGUGGCAUGUCAUCUUCGCAGAUUUUACCUGCCAUGAUUUGCUCUGAGGAUGGGAUUUUGACUAGUGUCGAGCAAGGCAAGCAGCCUGUGGAAUUGCUGGCGGAACCUUGUGCAAUUAAUGGUUUUGACAUUGAUCGUCAACACCCAUCAGAAGUGAUAUGUAACUUGGAGUGGGAAUCCGUGGCCAUUCUGUCAAGACCCUGAAUUCCAGAAGUCAUCCUCUUUUCUAAAUCAUUUGGUUUCAAUGCAGUAUAUCAAUCCCUUAAUUGAUGUAAGGCUUUCAGUAUCUGUAGCGUUUUACUGCGCAUUGAGUGCAUGGAAUUUCUUAGUUUUAAGCUCAUAUAAGACUGUAUUCAGGCUUAGUUACCUCAUAAUUAGAACUCAUUUUUGAUAUGGGAUCACCAUACUGGUCUGCAACCAUAUGAGAGUGAUAUGUUGUAAUUUUGUCUUGUAUUUUAUAUGAUAUGUUCUCUAUUAUUCUCCUCAACUUGAUGUUUUCACUUUCUAAUUCUGUACCAAUCAGAAUAACGUAACCUUUUUCUCCCUA